ACUUUAUGUUCUUCCAUUCUGGUAAACUAAGCUUGCUUAAGUUGCUUCAGAAUUUGGAGAAGGAAUUUUAGCUGGAUAAAACAUGUGAAAGACUUGUUUUUAAGCCUACAGAUCCCUCUUCUGACUUUAGAAUUCGUUUUUAUGUUGCCAGAAAAAAAUUUAAUGCAGAUGUUGGACCAUGUCAGAAAGCUUGUCAAGAAAGUGGAUUGUUUCACACAGAGUGGAGAUGUGGCUUCUGAUUCUGGUGGCGCAUUUAUUCCAAAGAGAUGUGAAUUCGGGACGUAUGCCAACUAAAGCUGUGGAUCCAGAAGCAUUCAUGAAUGUUAGCGAAAUAAUCCGACAUCAAGGCUAUCCCUGUGAGGAUUAUGAAGUCACAACCGAAGAUGGGUAUAUUCUUUCUGUUAACAGAAUUCCUCAAGGUGUCAUGAAACUUAAGAAAACAGGUUCCAGGCCCGUGGUGUUAUUGCAGCAUGGCCUGGUUGGAGAUGCUAGUAACUGGAUUUCCAACCUGCCAAACAAUAGCCUGGGCUUCAUUCUGGCAGAUGCUGGUUUCGACGUGUGGAUGGGGAACAGUAGAGGAAACACCUGGUCUCGAAAACACAAGACCCUUUCUGUAGAUCAAGAUGAGUUCUGGGCUUUCAGUUAUGAUGAGAUGGCUAGGUUUGACCUUCCUGCAGUGAUAAGCUUUAUUUUGCAGAAAACGGGCCAGGAAAAGAUCUAUUAUGUCGGCUAUUCACAGGGCACCACCAUGGGCUUUAUUGCAUUUUCUACCAUGCCAGAGCUGGCUCAGAAAAUCAAAUUGUAUUUUGCUUUAGCACCCAUAGCCACUGUUAAACAUGCAAAAAGUCCUGGGGCCAAAUUUUUGUUGCUGCCAGAUAUGAUGAUCAAGGGAUUGUUUGGCAGACAAGAAUGUCUGUACCAGACCCGAUUUCUCAGACAGUUUGUUAUUUUCCUUUGUGGGCAGAUGAUUAUCGAUCAGAUCUGUGGUAAUAUCAUGUUGCUUUUGGGCGGAUUCAACACCAGCAAUAUGAAUAUGAGCCGAACAAAUGUCUAUGUUGCCCACAAUCCUGCAGGAACAUCUGUACAAAAUAUUCUACACUGGAGCCAGGCAGUGAAUUCUGGGGAACUCCAGGCAUUUGACUGGGGAAGUGAGACCAAAAAUCUGGAGAAAGGCAAUCAGCCAACUCCUGUAAAGUACAGAGUUAGAGAUAUGUCGGUCCCUACAGCAAUGUGGACAGGAGGUCAGGACUGGCUUUCGAACCCAGAAGACGUGAAAAUGCUGCUCUCUGAAGUGACCAACCUCAUUUACCAUAAGAACAUCCCAGAAUGGGCUCACGUGGAUUUCAUCUGGGGUUUGGAUGCUCCUCACCGUAUGUACAAUGAAAUCAUACAUCUAAUGACAAAGGCAGAGGCCAACCUUUCCCAGGGAAUAUGCGAGGUCAUGUUGUGAAGCCUCUGAGACUGAGAAAUCUUAGGAACAAUCUCACAGAAGAUGGGGCAAGGAUCCAUGAAGGAAUUUAAGGAGGAUUUCCGGAACUGGAAACCUAGCCUGUCAGUAGAGGAGAGGACAGAAAAAUGGUAUAUAUUCCUUCAGAUUUCCUGUACUUGAUGCUACAGCUGGCAUUUACAUUUUUUUUUUUUUUUAGCUAAUUAAACUACUCACUGGGUGAACACAGAUUUCAUAUGCUAUUAUAUAUUCCACAUCUUGAAGGGUAGGCUUUACCUGAUACACAGAAAAUAUCUAGACAUUCUCUAUGUCAUUUAGGUAAAUCUCUUUAAAAUAUUUAAUUUUUUCCAAAAGCCAUAUUUUUGGAUCAGUAAAGGAAAAUGACAAAUUGAGACCGAUAUUGAGGUCUUGAUUCUCUGGAUCAUUGUUGACUUCGACAAAAUAAGCUAGACAUUUUCAACUUGUUGCCAUAGAAACAUAACACUACCUCGGGAAGUCAGGCUGCUUUAACAACAAUAACAACAACUACAAAAUCAUUAUUGCAGUAUGGAUGAAGUAUAUGUUAAGCAUCCUCAAAAUAAGGCCAGGUUUUAUAGUUGGAUCUCAGAGGAGAAAAUGUUGUAGGAUAUUUAUGAGAUUUCCAAUAAAUGCAUUAUGUGUUA